UGUGACCACACACCCCGGGCUUGACAAAGCUGUUCUGCAGAUCAGAAAGGAGGAGGUUGCUGGUCCCACACCAGUUCCAGGUCUACUGAAGAGAGUUUUUCUAAAAGUUCAGUUGCCUAAAGCAGUGGAAAAAUGGCCAGAGGAUCAGUGUCUGAUGAGGAAAUGAUGGAGCUCCAAGAGGCUUUUGCCAAAGUUGAUACUGAUGGCAGUGGAUACAUAAGCUGCAAUGAGCUGAAUGAUUUAUUCAAGGCUGCUUGUUUGCCUCUGCCUGGCUACAGAGUAAGAGAAAUUACAGAAAACCUGAUGGCCACGGGUGAUCUGGACCAAGAUGGGAAAAUCAGCUUUGAUGAGUUUAUCAAGCUGUUCCAUGGCCUAAAAAGCACAGAGGUUGCCAAGACAUUUAGAAAAGCAAUCAAUAAAAAAGAAGGGAUUUGUGCAAUUGGUGGUACUUCAGAGCAGUCCAGCGUCGGCACCCAGCAUUCCUAUUCAGAGGAAGAAAAGUAUGCCUUUGUCAACUGGAUAAACAAAGCCCUGGAAAAUGAUCCUGACUGCCAGCAUGUCAUCCCCAUGAACCCAAACACCAAUGAUCUCUUCAAUGCUGUCGGGGAUGGCAUCGUCCUUUGUAAAAUGAUCAACCUGUCAGUGCCAGACACAAUUGAUGAACGAACCAUCAACAAAAAGAAGCUCACGCCUUUCACCAUCCAGGAAAACUUGAACCUGGCUCUGAAUUCUGCAUCAGCCAUUGGGUGCCAUGUGGUUAACAUUGGAGCUGAGGACCUGAAGGAGGGAAAGCCUUAUCUCGUCCUUGGACUUCUGUGGCAAGUCAUCAAAAUUGGGUUGUUUGCUGACAUUGAACUCAGCAGAAAUGAAGCUCUGAUUGCUCUUUUGAGAGAAGGGGAGAGCCUAGAGGAUUUGAUGAAACUGUCCCCUGAAGACCUUCUGUUGAGAUGGGCUAACUACCACCUGGAGAAUGCAGGCUGCAACAAAAUCAGCAACUUCAGCACAGACAUCAAGCUGACUGACUUCUACAGCAAUUUAAAUGACUCAAAAGCUUACUACCACCUGCUGGAGCAGGUGGCACCAAAAGGAGAUGAAGAGGGUAUUCCUGCUGUGGUUAUUGACAUGUCGGGACUGAGGGAGAAGGAUGACAUCCAGAGGGCAGAGUGCAUGCUGCAGCAAGCAGAGAGGCUGGGCUGCCGGCAGUUUGUCACAGCCACAGAUGUUGUGCGAGGGAACCCCAAGUUGAACUUGGCUUUCAUUGCCAACCUCUUUAACAGAUACCCUGCCUUGCACAAACCAGAGAACCAGGACAUCGACUGGGGAGCUCUGGAAGGUGAGACAAGGGAAGAGAGAACCUUUAGGAACUGGAUGAACUCCUUGGGUGUUAAUCCUCGGGUCAAUCAUUUGUACAGUGACUUGUCAGAUGCCCUGGUCAUCUUCCAGCUCUAUGAAAAGAUUAAAGUCCCUGUUGACUGGAAUAGAGUAAACAAACCACCGUACCCCAAGCUGGGAGGCAAUAUGAAGAAGCUUGAGAAUUGUAAUUAUGCAGUGGAACUGGGGAAGAAUCAAGCAAAGUUCUCCCUGGUGGGCAUUGCUGGACAAGAUCUCAAUGAAGGAAACCGUACUCUGACGUUGGCCUUGAUCUGGCAACUAAUGAGAAGGUACACGUUGAACAUCCUCGAAGAAAUUGGUGGUGGGCAGAAGGUCAACGAUGACAUUAUUGUCAAUUGGGUGAAUGAAACGUUGAAGGAAGCAGAGAAGAGCUCAUCCAUCUCUAGUUUCAAGGACCCGAAGAUUAGCACAAGUCUCCCUGUGCUGGAUCUCAUCGAUGCCAUUCAGCCAGGUUCCAUUAACUAUGACCUUCUGAAGACAGAAAACCUGGACGAUGAAGAGAAGCUCAACAAUGCAAAGUAUGCCAUUUCCAUGGCCCGAAAAAUUGGAGCAAGAGUGUAUGCCCUUCCAGAAGACCUGGUGGAAGUGAACCCCAAAAUGGUCAUGACAGUGUUUGCUUGUCUCAUGGGGAAAGGCAUGAAAAGAGUAUAAAGCCCCAGCAAGCCGAGGCAAGAAGCAUCGCACUCAAUCCUACCAACCCUGCUCCGGGGGUGCCUGGGCAGGACAAGACCACGCCUACCACUCUGCCAUUGUCAAAAUGAUGAUAUUACAUUACAGUCCAAAAGAGUGCAUCUUGGUUCACAUAAUAUGUUGCCUCACCUUUAUUUAACAGAAAGUGUUGACCCAAUCUCCCCCAUAUAUAUAUAUAUUUUUUUUAAUUCUUGAUUUAAUUUGCUUUUUUGAAAAUCUAAGAUAAAACAGAAGUUUCCAGGCAGUCUUUCUAGCUUCUUGCUCUUAGUUGCUGAUAGAAGCCUCAGUGUUGUUAAUUUUGGUAGACACUUUAAAGCCAGUUUAAUGUAGCUGCCUUUCCCUGGUUCAAGAUGAAAACUUAGGAGUGGAAGCCAUCAGACCUGUCCUGACACCUGCUGGUAGAGGCCAACACCUGAGUUGUUGGAAGCUUCUCCUUUCCUAGCUCCCAGUGGCUGUGCUCCACACCCCAGAUAUCCACAUCUACUCUCUUCUGGCCAGAUUACUUUCUGAGGACUAGGACCAAGUGACAAAUUGGAUGGGGUCUUGGGUCCUAAUAAUCUUUCAUAGCCUGCAGAGGUAAACUAAAGAACUAAAGUCUCAUGAUUCUGAAGAGUUCUUUUUAUCCCAGCCAAAAAGAAGGCAAUUUUUAACUCUAGAAUCUGGACCCAGGCUAAAUCCAACAUCUCAGGUAGCAUCUCAACUCCUGGUGCAAGGCGGGCUCCUGGAAGCUGUAAUAGAGCACUGGACCACGAGGGGGCAGCAUGGGGCCAUACCUAAGCCUCUAUCUUUCAGGGUGCUGCCUCUCGGUGGUUUCCUGCCAUGUUAGAUCUAGUUAUUGCGAUGUGACUAUUUGAAAGCAAUCCUGCUGAACUCUCAUUUGCUCUUACAUCUCAGCGUAUCUGACUGCUGCCAGGCCAUAUUAUCCUUGUUCACUUUGUUGGUUACUAUGAAAGCUCUUUUUUUUUUUUGGCGACCCUUGAGCCCCCCCCCCCGGGGGGCAAUAUGUGCCAAUAAAUAGCCCCUUCCCCCGCCCCCCAUGUGCACACAGGCACAUGUAAGUACUAGUACUUAUAUGCACACACACAUAGCCACAUGGCAAGGGGAGAAUGAAUACACGCCGGAUAAGAACUGGCUGUGUUGCCUUAGAGAGAGCUGAUGCACUGAAAGUUUAAAUUAUUCUAAAGUAAACCCGACAGAACAGGAUACAUGUGAGCACAUGCAGACCAAGCUAAAGCUACAAAGAGCUUUGUGAACCAACACUAGACUCCCUGUGUCACUAAGAAAGGGCUCUGCAGUGAGGUGUCUUCUAGGGGUGGGGCGUAAUGCAACUCAGCGAGUCUUUUCCAAACAUUUGAAAAACGUUGCCCUGGAUCUUUUCCUGGGCCAUAGGCUCAGUCCUUAACUGGUAUUCCAGCUGUAUUUCUAAGUGCACAGUGGUUGGCUUUGACUUUGGUCUGAACUUUUUGUAGCCUCAGGAAUUAUUCCCGCCAUUUGCAUCCAAAAAGAAAGAAUGUCACUGCCUUAAUGAUAGAUAAAGACAAAAUAAUGCUCAAAUUCUUUCAAAUAAAAUAUUCCCUAUAGUGA